AUGCCGCGCUUCUCCCCUCCUGAUCCACAGCCACCUCGACGCCACUUCUGCCACGUCAGUGGCCAACUUGAUGGCCCUUCGCUGGCUGGUCCCUGUGAUGCCCAGGAUUUUGGAGGCCCACAUCACUCUGGCAUCCCUUUCGUUAGCCUCCUCAAUACGGUCCUCUCAAGGCACAGCUUUGAGGCUACAGAGGUAACACAUGCGCACUGGGCAUCAAAAGCGCAGAUAGAGGCAAAACAAUGUCACAAAAAAAGGACAUAUCCUUCAGGUGCAGAAAAAAGGAAGAAGAAGAAAGUGGAAGAGGAGAAAAAAUGCCAUGAUAAAGGAGCAUUGUUAAAAUACUUUGGAGGCACAGAAUCAGCCCAGAGCCAGUCCACAUCCUCAGGCUCAACUGUGAGUGAUGAAUCAGGUCCAUCUCCAUCCUCUACAGUGCUCUCUCACACACCUCCAUCAUCUGUGCCCACUGUCCCCUCCAUGUCUGAAACCACAGCUGAUUCAUCUACAACUUCCACCACAACGUCCCCUUCACACCAUGGACCAUCAUCAGCUCCGCCAGUUGACCCAGCUGAGUGGCCUUCUUUCCUCUCAGAUUCAGACAGGACUGAGCAGACUGGAAGUCUUUCCAGAGAGUGGUGAGGACGGCGGAAAAGAUCAUCAGGACUCCUCUUCCUCCUAUCCAGGAGAUCGCAAAAAGCCGCUGACUGACCAGGGCUCAGAAAAUCUGCAAAGACUCCUCCCACCCCCACCAAGGACUGUUUUCACUGCUGGACUCUAAAAAGACGUUUCCGCAGCCUCCGAAGCAGAACCUCCAGGUUCUGUAACAGCUUCUUCCCUCAGGCCGUAAGACUCUUGAACGCAUCAUAAUUAAAUUAUCCCUUCAACUCCCCCCCAAAUGGAUUAACUCGCUGGAAUAAAAAAGACAAUAUAACAUGCAUCCAUAAACGUGGAUGCAUGUGAAAAAGUGCAAUAUAUUUAUCUGUACAGUAAUCUAUUUAUUAUUUAUUUAUUGUAUAUAUAUAUGUUUAUAUAUUAUUUAUAUAUAUUUAUUUAUUUAUAUAUGCACCUUAUUGCUUUUUUAUCCUGCACUACCAUGAGUUUAUGUAGUGAAAUUUCGUUCUUGUCUGUGCUGUAAAGUUCAAAUUUGAAUGAAAAUAAAAAGGAAGUCUAAGUCUAAGUCUAAAAUGGAUGGAUAGGAAUGUCUGAUGCUGGAUGU